AUGGAGAAAAUUUCCAGGACUAUAUCCCAUUCUUCAAAGAAUUUGCCAAAAAGACGAGUGGGUUCUUCCACUGGGGAGAAAGGUAUUCGCAACCAUGGGAUUCGAAGCAGCAGGAGCACAAAUGAGGCCAAGUGUACCCCAAUGAGAAAGGGUGCAAGAGAGGACUUGAAGAAGAAAACGGGGAGAAAUGGGACAACGCGGCCAGAUUGCUCCCUCAGUGCUGAUGGCAAGGUAACAGGCUACACGAUCGUGGAUGUGGAUGAUGUGCUGAGCUCUGAAGAGAGUGAGGAGGGGCCCAUUGCCCUAAUAGAAAUGGAAGCACCAGAGGAAGGUAUGAAGAACCGAAGUCCAGGGAUCUGUGAGUGUAUUCUCACAUUCAUCUGUUUGCUGUUGGUGGUUCUCCUGUUCCCAGUCUCUGUCUGGUUCUGUAUUAAAGUAGUACAAGAACAUGAACGUGCCGUGAUAUUCAGAUUGGGACGACUGCUGCCAGGGAGAGCCAGGGGGCCAGGUCUUUUCUUUUUUGUGCCAUUUCUGGACACUUACCACAAAGUGGAUAUGCGUGUGAAAACCUUGGGGAUUCCAUUUCAUGAAGUGAUAUCCAAGGACAUGGUGACUGCUGAAGUGAAUGCAUUCUGCUAUUAUCGGGUGGAAAAUGCCUCCCUCUCGUUAACAAGUGUCACCAAUACCCCUGACUCGUUAUCAUUGCUAGUACAGACUUUUAUUAAGCAAAGUUUAGCACAUCGGAAAUUCAAUGAAAUUCUCCUGGAAAGAAAAAGCAUUGGUGAUGAAAUCAAGGUUGCACUUGAUGCAAUAACAUGGAAAUGGGGAAUCAAGGUGGAACAUGCUGAAAUUAAAGAUGUCCACCUUCCAGCAGAACUUCAGCAUUCAUUAGCAGUGGAAGCAGAGGCACAUAGAAAAGCAAAGGCUAAGGUGAUUGCAGCUGAAGCUGAGAAGGAUGCAUCAGAAGCCUUAAAAACCGCAGCAGAUGUUCUCUCUGGAUCUUCUGCUGCUGUCCAGCUACGUUAUCUCCACACACUGCACACACUUUCUGUGUUUCUUAUUCAGGUGAACCAUGAUCAACCUUAAAUAACUGAAGCUACUACAACUGAACAUCUCUUCAAACAUUCAAAGCAAUCAUAGUAAAUAUCACUGUUAAUCAAUUAAAGACAGCUAGAAAGAAC